AUGACGCAGUCAAUGCUGGACAUGAGCCUAGACGACAUCGUCGCUGCUCACCGCGAUGCAGCCGGCGACGCGCCAGGCCGAGGCGGUCGCGGCCGUGGAGGCGGCUUUGGAGGCCGACGCGGCUCUUUCCGUGGCGCCCAAGCCGGUGGAGGCUUCGCAUCAUCGUUUCGAGGACGAGGUCGCGGCUUCUCGUCCUGGCGCCGGGGCGACGAGGACUGGGAAGACAGCCGAUCGCAUGCUCCGUUUUCUCGCCGCCGCGCUUUUUCUCCCUACUCGACGCCCUACUCCGACCGUGACGGCCGCUGGGGGCCUUCCAGGCGCGGCGACCGUCGCGGUGCGCCUGCCUUCAGAGAGAGCGGGGGCAGAACGCGCGAACCCACAGCCGUGGUGCGCGUCAGCAAUCUCGACUACAGCGUCUUGGAAGAAGACUUGAAGGAACUGUUUGCGGCGGUCGGGGAAGUCGUGAAAGUCUGGCUCGAAUACGACCGCACCGACCGAUCCAAGGGGACGGGAGGCUGCAUUUUCCGGCAUCUGUCCGACGCGAAGCGAGCAAUUGAGCUGUUCGAGGGCCGCCGCAUCGAAGGGUUGCCGUUGCGUCUCGAGCUCCUGCCGCCUCGCCACCAGGAGACUCGCCGCUCGCCGAACUUUGGGCCCUACGGCCAAGACGCCUUCUCGCGCAGAGGAGACAGAGGCUCUGGCUCCUGGAGAGGCGUUCAAGACGUCGAACCCUGGUAA